AUCGUUUGAAUCAUUCCGCGCCGUUGUCGUCUUUGUCAUUUCCCAGCAAUUUCUGUUGGACGCGUUCCUUUCCAUUUCAUCACCUCUUAGUCCAAAUCUUCCUCCACUCUUUCCCUUCCCUCUUCUUUGUUUACUACUCAUUCCUCACUCAUGUUGACUUCCUUAGCUCCUUCUCUGAUCUCCAUCACUUCGCUUCUCUUCAUUUCACAGCUCAUUUGAGCGCAAAUUCCGUGACUUCUUCAACUGGGUUCCUGGGUUCUUGAUCUGGUUUGUCUGUCUUUUCACUGCCCGAAAAAUCUGUAUUUUUGUCAUGGGGUUCAGAUAGCAGGGGAUGACGAAGCAAUUUGGGUUCGUCAAGUUUUAGUGUUUUGGAUUAUGUUACUUUGAUCGUUCAUGGCUUCGUUUAUGAGAAAAUUGCGACCUGGUGCGUCUUCAACAAUUCGCGAUGAAAGCGAUGAUUCUAGCUAUGAGUACUCAUUUGCAACAGAGUACAAGGGCCCUAUUCCCAGUUUCUCCAUCCCUCAAGCAACCCCUUUUAAAAUUGAGGGAAUUCCAGUUGCUUCCAUAGCUUCUUCUUCAGCUGAUCAAAUUUCCGUGCCAGUUAUUCAACCUAUUGUGAAAUCUAACAUACAGCUGAAACUUAAUAGAGGUGUCCUUGUUUCUGCAAAUUCAAAAUCUCCUGCUAUUGAAUUUGCUAUCUCCGGCUCUGCUGAGUCAACGAAGUCCCGCUCUUUGCGAGUUAGGGUGGAUACAGUAGAUAGGAUAGAUAAGUCAGGCUCAUUAGACAGAAUUUAUGAUGCUAAUAAGUGCAGAGCAGAAAAUACAUCACAGGAACUUCAGACUUCUGGGUCCUUUGGAGUUUCUGGUUGGGGUGAAAUUGUUGAAGAGACAACUAAAAGUGAGUUGAAUCCCACCAAUUCAGAUACUGCAGAGUCAGGCUCGAGCUCUGGCUCAGCUUCUUCAGACAUAUUUUCAUGCAGAGAAGACGACUGUAACAAUGUCGCACCGGUACAUGUCAAUCGGCCCUCGUUUGUGACUUUUAUUAGUUCGGAAGAGUCAUAUGACACAACAGUCAAUGAAAACUUUGGUGGUUCUGAGGUUGCGAGCAUCCCUGUGAAGCCACAUGCUGAGAGAACUGGGAAGAAAGGCACAUGCUAUAGAUGCAACAGAGGAAAUCGAUUCACUGAAAAGGAGAUUUGCAUCGUGUGUCGUGCUAAGUAUUGCCGAUACUGUGUUAUAAGAGUCAUGGGGUCUAUGCCUGAGGGAAGGAAAUGUAUCAAUUGUAUUGGUUACAGAAUUGAUGAAAAUAUGAGGAGAACCCAGGGAAAGUGUUCUCGUUUGCUCAAACACAUGUUGUCUGAUGUGCAAGUGAAACAAAUAAUGCAUGCUGAAUUGAAUUGUGAAGCUAAUCAAAUGCCCCCAGAACUUUUUUUUGUGAACGAGGAUCCUCUUGACCGAAGCCAGCUAAAGCUGCUGCAGAGCUGUAGCAAGCCCCCAAAAAAGUUGAAACCAGGCUCCUAUUGGUACGAUAAAGCAUCAGGAUUUUGGGGAAAGGAUGGUCAAGGGCCUUGGCAAAUUAUUAGCCCACGGCUGGAUGUUGGAGGUCAGCUACAAAAACAUGCAAGCAAAGGAAACACAAACGUGUCAAUAAAUGGCCGAGAAAUAACGGCAAAAGAGCUCCAGAUGCUGAAGAUAGCAGGAAUCCCAUGUGAAGGAACGCUUGACUUUUGGGUUAGUGAAGACGGGUCCUACCAGGAAGAGGGGCAGAGGAAUGUCAAAGGGCGUUUAUGGGAUAAGAAAAGAGUGAGGAUAGCUUGUGCCUUUCUGUCUCUGCCAUUUCCUUCCAACCCCAUAGCUGCUAGCGGUGAAAGCGAAGGAGGAGAGAAUAGAAGCAGAGAAAACCUUGUACAGAAGAAGCUUUACAAGUUUCUUCUUGUUGGUUCUAUAAAAUCUGGAACAAGUACUAUAGUUAAGCAGGCCAAGCAUCUGUAUAACAUUCCUUUCUCUGAAGAAGAACGCCAAAAUAUCAAGUUGGUGAUACAAAGCAACUUGUAUACAUACCUUGCUAUACUGCUGGAGGGGCGUGAGACUUUUGAAGAGAGUUUGUUGGAGAAAAGGAACCUACAGAUCGCUGAUGAAUCCACUUCAGCAGGGAACACUGGCGAAACUACUUAUACAACAAUCUAUUCCAUGGGCCCAAGACUGAAAGCUUUCUCAGACUGGCUUAUCAAAUACAUGGUUUCGGGUAACUUGGAUGCAAUAUUUCCAGCUGCUACUCGUGAAUAUGCACCACUUAUAGAAGAGUUAUGGGGGGAUGCAGCCAUUCAGGCAACAUACAACCGGAGAAAUGAACUAGCUAUGCUACCUAGAGGAGCAAGUUAUUUUCUAGACCGGGCUGUUGAGAUUUCCAAAGUAAACUAUGAACCCACAGACAUGGAUAUCAUGUAUGCUGAAGGGAUAGCGUUAUCCAACGGCCUCACCACGGUGGAAUUUUCAUUUCCCAGGACAAAUUCCGAGGAAAAUUUGGAGCCUGAGUAUCAGCAUGAUCCUUCUCUCACGUACCAACUAGUUAGAGUACAUCCAAGAGGCCUUGGAGAAAACUGCAAGUGGCUUGAUAUGUUUGAAGACAUGGAUGUUGUCUUGUUCUGUGUCGCCUUAACUGAUUAUGAUGAGUAUACUGUAGACAGAAAUGGAGCUUCUACCAACAAAAUGAUGGCAGCUAAGAAACUAUUUGAAAACAUAAUCACUCAUCCUUCCUUCUCUAACAAGAAAUUCCUUUUGAUUCUGAACAAAUUUGAUCUGCUCGAGGAAAAGAUCGAACAAAUACCUCUAGAACGAUGUGAAUGGUUUUGUGACUUCAAUCCAGUGAUCAGCAAGAAUCAGAACCGAGUCAGUAAUUAUACUAAUAGCCCUCCAUUAGCUCAACGUGCCUUUCAAUACAUUGCCAUGAAGUUUAAGAAACUGUUCUAUUCUCAUACAAGCAGAAAGCUAUUUGUUUCAGCGGUAACUGGGUUGGAACCCGAUACUGUUGAUGAAGCUCUCAGAUAUGCAAGGGAGGUUAUGGUAUGGGAAAAAUGGGAUCCUUCAGUCACAGGCGAGAAGUUUGAGAAUACUUCAACAUCUUUUGAUGAGAUUGAGUCAAGCUCCUGAUGGUUCUCCAGUCCAUAAAGUUUUCUUGUAUAGAAAUGAGUAAGUUGGAAGAAUCAAGAAAGAAGAUUAAGAUAGUUCUGAACUGCUGUCAUAGAGUUACAAAAUUCUUUGUACAUAACAAACCAUAAAAGAUGGGGGGCAUAGAGAAUAUCGUCUUUGAAUUCGAUAUGAGAGGACAAAAGAUUUUUAUUAUUUUAUUCUCUUUAUUCUCACA